AUGACUGAAUUAGUUCAGGAUAACAAUCAUCAUAUCUUCAGCUUUCUAUCACAUUCAUUAUUGUGGACUUGGUCUUUCGUCAUCGACUACGGAGCACAUGUUAUUAUACUCAUUCUCCUUUACACCACCCAAAAGCCAGCUGGUUUACAGAUAACCAGGACAAGCAGCCCCUUUACCUACGGAAUUGCAACUGACAGCGAAUAUCUAUUGCUCGAGCGAAUCGCUAUCCCAAAGGCUAUAUCUAUUUUCAUCAUUGUGCAAACAGGACAAAAUGCGUUCUCCAAGAAGGUACGCUUCCACAAGCUUCAAGCUUCACUGGCCUCUCUGCCUCAGGCGCAGGCUCAGAUUCACCUUCGCACCCAUCCCUCACUUAUGCAAAGACACGUCGACAGCAAGUUCACUCCGGAGGCAACGUCAAAGAAACCAACUCGCCUCUGGGACCGCAGGCCAACAACGCCUGUCCUCCCACGGUCCAAGACACAGAAGAUCUGGAAGAGGUGUACCGAUUCUACGUCAUUAGAAGUGAACAGCAUGCACGACACGGAUACGUUUUCUACAGAGAUCAACUUGGCCGCGACUCUGGCCGCGCUACGUGGCGUGAAGAGGUUGCGACUGGCGCAUACCCCGGAGUGUGAGCGUGGACGGUCGUUUUUGGAGACAAAAUGGGAAGCGCAGACGGAAGACCGACGACGAAAAUACGUUGCGCCAGCGGAGAGCGCGCAAACAACGGCAUCAGUCGACUUCCUACUUCGAGCGAAUGGUGGGACCGAGGGUGUGGAGGUGUCUGAUGAAGAGCAGGUUCAUUGUAGUAGCUCUUACAACGAACCCAGAGACAUUCCUCAGCCCGAGGAGACUGCACCAGAAGUCAGAACAAUGCCAGGAGAAGUCAACCAGGAGAAAUCAAGCACAGUUCACACAGAAUGCCAACCAGAUGAUAGCAGAGAACCCGAAGAAGAGACCUUCUUUGAUGCCGUAGCGGAACCUAUGGCUGUCAUGCCUGAGCAAGGAGAUAUACCCCUCCAGGCCUCACCAGUGCGGAAGAUAGCUAUUCUCGACGGCGACGAUGCAGAGAUUAUUUCUGACUUCCUAUCCAAGGCACGGGCUAAGAGGGCUGCCAAUACGCCGGUGAAGAAAGAUGCUAGUGUCGACCGUCUGCUGGAAUCGCCGACUCCCAGCGCACGACGCAUCCUGGAAGUCGUGGACGGGAACUCACCUCGUUCGCAUAGACGACAUUUAUCUCCUGAGAAGCUCCAGCCUCCCGACUUUUAUUUUAACCGACGGUCGCCCCGCAUUGUUGCGUCCAAAUCAACGGACCAAAAACCGUUCGAAAACGUCUGGGAUGGAUCGAUAGCACCUAGCUCUCCUGUUGUUGAAGUAACGAUCGAGCAUGCCCGGUAUCCGCCCAGGGUCCCGGACCAGAUCCCAACACGCCGCCGAAAGGGCACUGAGUUCGUUUUUAUGCAACGAACGGACGACCAGCAGACAGCCCUUCUGACCAAGGCGAACACGAGAUUGAACAAGGGCAGCAAACCCCCACACAAAUUGUUGCCAAUUCUCAAUAAAGCGAUUGCAGCGCUGGGUACGGAUCUAGAAGAUGGCCAGCAUCGACACCGAGACCUGUCAAAGAAACAAGUCAGAUGGAACGACGCUGCCCUAGUCGAGUACUGCGGGGAGAAAAAAAUUCCCGAGUUUGACUUGGAGGUUUACCAGAACUCGGAGGCAAUCGAGCGGAACCUACGUUCAUCCAGCAGACGGAACAACAAUACGAGCAAAAACGAAGAGCAUCCGCCUGAAGCGACGGAAAGCUACAAACAAGAGGAUCAACCGGCUCCAUUCCUUGCACCUAUCGUAAAGAUGCCCGCACCAGCGAACCCAUACCGCUCCACUCCCAUGCCGAGAAAAAUGCGGAAACUGGUGGGCGCAAAACACCUUGACGUUCAUCCAAACGAAGGAGAAAGCCCGCCAGUCACCCGCAUCAACUUGUCUAUGAAAACUGCGGGGGUGUUCCCAGGCACUCCGCUCCGACACAAGAAGACGUUCUCGUUGGCCCAGGGGGUGCCGCGGACUCUUUCUCUGAAGCCAACGAAAUCAACCACGUCAACCUCAUCAGCGUCCAUGACUUCCGGAUCUGGAUCGGGAUCUGGCUUAGGGUCCGGCAUUAGCUACCCAACCGUGCUACUCAGGAAGCAAACGAAAUCAUAGUAAUGUGUCGUACGGCGUACCAGGAGUCGUGAGAGCUGUAAUAGGGAAAAGAAAGCAUAAAGAACUACCCUAUUUUGAUGGGGGGUGGGGAUUAAAUUUGAGGUAAAGAGGGCUGAGCAGGGCAGUGCGAUACUGAAUUCAUUCCAUCUUGGCUUCUUUAUUUGGUUCUCUCAUCAGGGCAUUCAAAUUCAGGGUUUGAUUUGGUGUUACGAUCAAGCAUUGGCGCGUUAUUCUUGGGAGACAGCUAAUUGAUCCCUCGGGCAGGGGAGAGGAGUUAUAGGGGUUUUCGAUAACUUUUUGAUACCAGGACAAAUUGCAGACAUUGAGGCCACAUUAAUAAUUCAGAUACCUUUUUCACCAUUCCUAUCUUCUCCAAUCAGCUGUCUAGAAGAACUUAUCUCUUCUAGAUCUAUUCUAUCUCUAUCAAACGGGCACUGCGGACUGACGUCGUUGACAGCGAGGGUAACACAGCCCGUAUACCCUGUACGCCCAUAACUGAUCCCUGGUGGCCAUGUGCUUUGUUUUUCUCGAGAAAGCAGCGCCUUGCCAUGGCUAGUUUGACUUGGUGACACGUCAGUUUGCAUGCGAUGACGCAGGAGACACAAGCCGAUCCUAUCAGGGCGAACUAUAGCAACAUCGUGGAUUGAGGGUUGUCACGAGGCCGCCAGGUACCCGGCUAUACAUCUUGAGCACGGCAAACGGAAAAAGGGCCAGGUUCAGUCGAGCUGAGCUGCCGGCUCCAGCGCUAUCAUGUAACUAGCCGUUCAACAGUGAGGAGAUGGUGAGAACACAGCUCGAUUCUAUUGAUCUUGGCUUGCAGAGAGCCAAGGUCCUAGUCGAGCGAUCAAGGGGUUUCCAAGGAGUGACUACAGGGAGGGUAAGCGCAGAGAUGCAGGGUUUGGUCGGUCGACAUCGAAAUUCGCCUUUAUCCCGGUAGCACUGCAGGCUAAAUCUGGUACCGAGCAACCUCUGAUAUCAAUACCUGAAGAGAUUCUCACGAUGAUUUCCUUGACGUUGAAAGGAAACCACCAGCAAAGACGGAAGAUGGAAGGACAACAGCUAGGGCUAGACCAGGUCAUGUGACAAAGCUUGGUCUCCCGCAGUCCCAAAAAAAAACUCAAUUUCCACAGAACAAAAACAAAGGCGAGACGACGGAGAAGGUUUCCACUCGUUAUUUUGCUAUCUCUUUUUUUACUAAAUUAUGUCUCAUAUUGUCUACGGGCUUAUUAUCUCCGCUUAGUCGUCUUUUUUAAUUCUUCU